AUGGAGGAGAAGAUGCGUGCUGAAGAAGAAGAGGAGCGAAUGGCCUGGCAAGCUGAGAUGCUGCGCAAGAAGAAGGAGCAGAUCCAGCGGAUGGAGGCGAGGCAGAAGUCAUUCGAGAUGGAAAUGGCGGCCAUGGAUGAAAGGUUGGCGGAGCUUUCGGGUAGUCCGGCGUCGAAUGAGUUGAAGUCAAAGAUCGUAGUUAGCGGAUUACGGGCGGGUCCUUCCGGCAAUACUAAUAGGAAAGUGUUGGAGCUGACAAAGGAAAACGUCAAACGGCUAGAGGAGGACGACGACGACGAUAGCGACGAGGAUGAUGAAGACGUCGACGAAAGUGAAAGCAGCGAAGAAGAUAAUGGUAAAUACGAUGAGUCCGAUGGAGAAAAGCAGCUAAAUAAACGAGCCACCGUCGCAACAAAAGAAAGCGCAAAGGCGGGCGCCUUGCAAUCGAGCAGGAGGAUGGUCGACAACGUGAGCCAAGACGGGCUGGGGCAACAGCAGGUCAGACCGACAAAGGCCCAGUUAGCAGCGAGAAAGGGGUUGACCUACAAACUUCCCAAAUUCUCGGGCAAACCAGCACAGUGGCCAUUGUUUUAUGCAGCGUACAAUGCCUCCAACGAUGCCUGUGGUUACAUGAACCACGAAAACCUGAUGAGGUUACAGGAAGCACUCGAAGGGGAUGCACUCGAGCUAGUGUCGGGGCAGCUACUUCUGCCGGCAUCGAUUCCGAGGGUCAUCGAGAAGCUACAACGGCACUACGGCCGCCCAGAGCAGCUUCUACAAAGUCUGUUGGACAAGGUGGAUCGUUUGGAGCCUCCGAAACCGGACAACCUCCGGAGUUUUGUUCCUUUCGGAAACACGGUGGAACAACUUUGCGGGCACCUGGAGGCUGCGGGUCUACAGCAACACCUCGUCAAUCCGCUGCUCAUUAAGUCGCUGGUCGCCAAGCUUCCGGAUCGUGAGAAGCGUGAAUGGGUUCAUUACCGGAGAGGCCACGGCGAAACCACGCUGCGAACGCUGACGGAUUUCCUCAUGGACAUAGUGGUGGACGCCUGUGAAGCCAACGUAGACGUCGAGGUUCAGCCGUCGUAUCAGUCGAGGAGAGUUUUCCCAACCGGGAAGAGCAAGCCGAAGGAGAAGGGUGUGCUGUACUGCCAUGGCGAAGGCAGCAGUCCGGCGGCUAACUUGAACGAAGAAAGGAGGCUCAAACCGUGCCAACAAUGCCGAGCCACCGAUCAUCGUCUGCGGCGCUGCACAGAGUUCAGGAAGCUGCGAUAUGCUGAGCGGCUGAAGUUAGUGAAUCGGGAGAAGCUGUGCCACGUCUGUCUCAACGAGCACAAAGGGCAGUGCAAAUUCAACAUCCACUGCAACAUUGGCGAAUGUAGGGCAUUCCACAAUCCACUGAUGCAUCCGGUGGGAAAUGUGGUCGGGAUGAGUGCGCACAUUAGGACAAACUGCACAGUCAUGUUCCGGAUUGUUCCAGUCCAGUUACACUGCGGAGGAAAGUCGGCAACGGUGUUGGCGUUCCUGGACGAAGGUGCUUCGGUCACGUUGGUGGAAAAAAGGCUCGCUGAUCGCCUGGGCGCAAUCGGAGUACGAGAGCGGCUGACCAUCAAAUGGACGGGAAAUGUCUCGCGUGUGGAAGAGUCCCGGAGAAUGAGUUUGUGGGCGUCGGGUACAAGUCCAGCGGCCGGCGACAAAUUGUUGCUGCAUACGGUCCAUACAGUUGGAAAGCUGAUGUUGCCGCAUCAAAAGCUGGACCAUGAGGAACUUGCUGCGCAGUACGGCCACAUGAGAGGAUUGCCGAUCGAGUCCUACGAUGGACAGCCGCAGCUGCUAAUCGGGGCGAACAAUAUUCAUUCGUUCGCGCCACUGGAGGCAAAAGUAGGGACACCAAUGGAGCCUAUUGCUGUUCGUACCAACCUCGGCUGGACGGUUUACGGACCCAGACAGUCCACUACGGUGGCGGCCGGCAACUACCUCGGGUACCAUCAACAGAUCACCAAUGAUGACCUGCAUGAGCUUCUCAAAAGCCACUACGCGCUGGAGGAGUCGGUGAUGAUGAUACCGCAAGAAACGGAAGAGGAAAGACGUGCCCGGGAAAUACUGGAACGCACUACUAAACGUAUCGGCGAUCGCUACGAGACCGGGUUGCUGUGGAAGACAGACGACCCACGGUUCCCGGACAGCUAUCCAAUGGCCUUGCGGAGAAUGAAGCAGCUGGAGAAGCGGCUCGACAAGAAUCCGAAGCUGCGAGAUAACGUCAGUAAACAGAUCGAGGAAUACCAGCAGAAAGGGUACACACAUCUUGCUACCGCUGAGGAAUUAGCGGGCACUGCCGCCGACCAAGUGUGGUAUCUCCCGAUCAACGUCGUCCAAAACCCGAAGAAGCCCGAAAAGAUCCGUCUCGUCUGGGAUGCCGCAGCGACGGUGCAAGGAGUCUCUCUAAACUCCCAGCUGCUAACAGGACCGGACAUGCUCGUACCGCUGAUUAAGGUUCUCCUCGGUUUCCGUGAACGGCGGAUUGCGUUCGGUGGAGAUUUAAAGGAGAUGUUCCACCAGUUGAAGAUACGCGCAGAGGACAAGCAGAAGCAGCGGUUCAUCUUCCGGAAAACGCCGGAUGAUCCACCAAGCAUUUACGUCAUGGACGUGGCGACAUUCGGAUCGACAAGCUCUCCCUGUUCGGCUCAAUUUGUGAAGAAUCGGAAUGCCGAAGAGUUCGCCGCACAAUACCCCAAAGCGUCUGCGGCCAUCAUUCACAAACACUACGUGGAUGACUACUUCGACAGUGUCGACACCGUAGAAGAGGCGGUUUCCCUAGCACAAGAGGUUAGAUUAGUCCACCGAAAAGCAGGUUUUGAGAUCCGGAAUUGGGUGUCCAACUCGCCCGAAGUUCUACGAAGUCUUGGAGAGAAAAAACCGGCGGCGCCGGUGCAUUUCGGCUGCGAUAAACAGACGUUGAAGGAAAGAGUUCUGGGAGUGAUCUGGGACCCGAGGAUGGACGAAUUCUCGUUCUCAACAAAGAGCCGGGAAGACAUGAUGCCGUACCUGUAUGAGGAAAAACGUCCUACGAAACGACUCAUCGCAAGCUGCGUGAUGGGAUUCUUCGAUCCACUCGGACUGUUGUCGUCGUUCACCAUUCAUAGCAAAAUAAUCAUCCAGCAUCUCUGGCGCUUCAAAUGUGACUGCGGGACAAAGAAAUCGACACAGAUACCUGGGAUCUGUGGAAGCGGUGGACAAAACUGUUGCCACAAGUAG